GUGGUUCCAAUCAUUUUAUAUACAACAGAAUGAGUGUUUUUCAUCGUCAUAAACCUCUGAUGUCGGGUACAUCUUCAUCCUGCAGACAAACAAACGAGCUUCCUAAAGUCUGCCAGUCACCUCCUCUUUCUCUGUCUUCUCCUGUGAUCAAGAAGAAGGCUAUCCUACUCCCAUCGUUUGAUGAAAAGGGGCUCAUCUUUGAAAAGGGCAACACUAAACUCUCAGCUGUUAACAGAUGUAGUGAUGUGAUUUCCUCCAAGACCUCAUGUCAGCUCAUGCGAGGCAAAGAGAGUCUGAAUUCACAGAGAAACUACGGGGAGAGAGCUUCAACACUUCCAAGGACAAAGUCCUCAACACACAACUCUCUGACCGUUUCUGCUAAACCCAACAUCUGCGUUUCCCCUGCUCCACAGCCAAAUUCCUCUCCCACACUCCGCACUUUGAAACCAAGACCAAGGGAUUCUCUUCUUCCCCCCUCCUCGGUGUUGGGGGAUUUUCACCCGAUACCACAGCAGCCAGACCAAAAGCCAAGAGUGUCGCCAACUCUGACAGUCCCAACACCCAGACGGACCCCAUCACCCUCAUCGGCUGCCGACAGCCAACAAGAGAGACAGCCAUCCCCUGUUGCUCAGGAGAGACAUGCUCGAUCUAUUUCCAUAUCUAACACGGCAGUGGAGCCGGCCAGCAAGAUCAAGCAUGACGUCCUUGACCAAGGAGCGUUGCUGGACUUCACUCAUCCUGGGAAUAGAAGAGUCUGCAGAGAGACCCGACAGACUGACUCUUGCAGGCUUCCGGCGUUAUGUCACGAUUCCUGCAAAGCUCAAAGUAAAGCUGGAUUGAAGAAAACAGAAAUUACAGUAACAGAAAAACCAAAGACUCCAAACAGGAAUUCAAAUAUUGCUACCAUGUUGACACCAAAACCAAUAGCAGAACUGCAAAAGCAAUAUGAACCAAAGGAAGUGACGAGGCAUUUUGAUGCUUUUCCAUCAGAGCUUGAUGCCUCUUCUAUCAAGUCAAAGCUUCGAAGUAGGUUAACAGACUACAACCUCAAGAGCAAUUACACACACACUUCUGAAUGUACCACCUUUGAUCAAUCAUUUCAGAAAACAGAUUGCAGUAAAAGGACAAAGCUGGCCAAACCGUCCCUUUCUGCAGAUUCUCAGAUAAGUCUCAAUUCAGACAAAAGUGAAACAAGAAGAAGACAAUUUAAUUUGGACACUGAAACAAGAGUAAAAGCAGAAGCUUUAAACAGCAAGUCCUCUCAGAAUCAAAUGUCUGCACCAAACCAGGCCCUGAGGCAUUCCACCCAGAUGGAUGUAAAGACUGCGGUAAGGCGAUCUGAGUGUGCAUCACAGGAUUUCAGCUGCCAGUCAAGCGACUUCGGUCAGAUACCACCGAUGUCUGGUAGUGCACAGAGAUUAAAUCAAGUUAAGACACAUAUAGAGGCACCUCAGAGCCUGGGGAUCCUCCAGUCUGCAUCUGAUGAACCUCUUUAUUCCCAGGAUGGAACCUUUUCACAUCCUGACAUCCAGGCUAAACACCCCUGGAAUCAGGAGAUGACUAAGCAAUGUGAAAACCGCAGAGAGAUGAACUUCAGUCACACAGUUCUGAAUCAAUCGGGUGUUUGCAAGAUUGUUUACCAGCCUUCUGCAGAGACACAAGCUUGUCAACAAAAACACCAAGCAAAGUACUCUGGCCCAGACAGAGCGUUUAUCACAGACGAUUCAGAAGACCCCUAUUACGUCACCAUGUACUACCCAGACUCAGUGUAUGUAGACAUGUCAGACAUAGUUCCACCAGAGGUUAGACCCAAGCCUGCUGUCCCUGCCAAGCCCCCAAUUGUGGGCGCUCCUUCCCCUUCUAGUCCCUUCCCACCCCAGGGCCCAGGUGUGGGAGCCGGUGGCAUCGUUACGCCCCCUCAAAGCGCUAUUCCAGUUCCCAUUGGAAGUCACGGCCCCAGCCACCCUGUCGGUAACAGCGUGGGUCACAGUGUGGGCCACAAUGUGGGCCACAGCGGCGGUCAUGCUGGGGGUCAUGUUGGGGGUCAUGCUCCAGCUCACAGUGCGGGUCAUGGUCAUGGAGGAUCCCACAGCUCCGGAGGGGGCUCCACCCUGCUUGGCUACAUUGGUAUUGACACCAUCAUUGAGCAGAUGAGAAAGAAGACCAUGAAGACUGGCUUUGACUUCAACAUCAUGGUUGUUGGUCCCAGCGGCCUUGGAAAGUCGACUCUGGUGAACACCUUAUUCAAGUCCCAGGUGAGCAGGAAGAGUGCAGGAUGGUCACGUGACGAAAAGAUCCCCAAAACUGUAGAGAUCAAGUCAGUGUCUCACGUGAUUGAAGAGGGCGGAGUCAAGAUGAAGCUGACGGUUGUUGACACUCCCGGCUUCGGAGACCAAAUCAACAAUGACAACUGCUGGGAGCCCAUUUCUAAGUACAUCAAUGAGCAGUUUGAGAAGUUCUUGAAAGAAGAGGUGAACAUCACCAGAAAGAAGCGAAUCCCCGACACCAGAGUGCACUGCUGCCUCUACUUCAUUCCCCCAACUGGACACUCUCUUCGACAACUGGAUGUGGAGUUCAUGAAGCGCCUGAGUCACUCAGUGAACAUCAUUCCAGUGAUCGCAAAGUCUGACACAAUGACUGUCGAGGAGCGACAAGAGUUCAAACAGCGUGUUAGGAAGGAGCUGGAAAUGAACGGGAUUGAGUUUUACCCGCAGAAAGAGUUUGAUGAUGACAUAGAGGACAAGAGUGACAACGACAAGAUCAGGGAAAUGAUGCCCUUUGCUGUGGUGGGAAGUGACAAAGAAUACCAAGUGAAUGGGAAGCGAGUCCUGGGGAGGAAGACGCCGUGGGGAAUCAUAGAAGUUGAAAAUCCAAACCAUUGUGAGUUUGCUCAGCUGAGAGAUUUCCUGAUCAGGUCCCACCUCCAGGAUUUGAAGGAGGUCACUCACAACAUUCACUACGAGACGUACCGUGCCAAGAGACUGAACGACAACGGAGGUCUGCACCCCAUCACUUCAAAUGACACCCAGGAAAGCAACCUGUAGGCAGGCGGUGAAAGAAUCGAUCAGGAUGAAAACAGUGCAAUGAAGCUCACAUAGAAAUCUAUAAGAAAAUUUAUGAUUUUCACCCCCAGCUUUGCUGCAUGAGUGAAAUAACUGUUAGUCUGUAAAACUUGGUGUCAACCUGUUUGCCUCCCUCUCCAUGUUAAACCCAUCCAACAUAUGCGCAUCUUUUCCCCCAAGGGACACCAUCUGAUGAGGGUUUUAAUGGAAAAUCGGUGAUAUGCCUCAGCCAAGAUAAAACGUGAUUACAUUACAUCUUCGACUUGUGCAAAUGCAGCUGGCUUUAGGAGACGCUUGCUGCCGCUCUCCCCUCUCUUCCACGGGGUAUUUGCAGAUGUCUGUUUACAAAUGAAUUGCAAUAACUCCUAAAGAGAGUCAGCAGUUCACAUUCUGUCAACAUGUAAUAACAAGCAUAUCAAGCUGAGCUCAGACUACAACUCUGAAGCCUUUUUUUCCUGAAUAGUUAGACGCAGCAUUUUACACAAACUAAUGUGAUCUCCAGCCAAAUUUAUUUUCUCCAGCACAUUCACGAUCCGUGUCACCUGACCUCUGCUUUGCGUCCAUUCCUCGUUUAAGUUUUCACACAGCAACGUGAGGGAUUACGGCUGAAAUUGGCUCAUUUUUGAGGAGGUUUGUAGUUUAUGUUUUUUUGUCACUUUUCUUUAAUGUUGUGUUCAAUGACAGCAACAAAAAUGUUGAAUUUUGUGUAGAGAGCAAUUUAUAAGACAAUAAUGAGUCCGAUUUUCAAGUCUGGGUGUAAAACACUAUACUGUCAAUGCUUUCUGACUUUAAAUGUAAUAUGUGAGUUCUGAUUAUAAUGUAACGUUACGUAGUACAACAGAGGCAUGAGGAUAUGAAGUCAAACUGUGGCUGUCAUGCGGAUAGGAAGCAGAGAUGCAGCAGUUCAUCAGCCAUAGAUCCGAAGUGGAUAAUUUUCCACAUUGAUCGUCAUUGAUCAGCUAAGAACUCCCACCAUACAUAAUGAAAUUUGAUGCUCUUUAAUCAGACUUUGAUGGUCAUGAUCUUGCAGGUUCUUUUUUGAUUGAUUCAAAAUUGCUUCAAAACAUCUGACCGGGUGAAAAUCUGAAUCUGCAGGUCAAAUCCAAAAUAGUUCAGAAUUGGUAAUGGUUUGAAAAGGCCUGAUCAAUGCAUCUCAGCUAAGAUGACAUUUUGUCUGCUUCAAAAAGGACUAUUUCUACCUGGAAACUUGCACUGAAAUAGAUUUUUUUUUUUUGAAUGGGUGACCAAAACUCACCAUACUAUUGUGUGUGUGUGUUUUUUUUUUUUUUUUUUUUAUUUCUUGGCUGCAAAGACCGAAAUAUACGCCGUCGAGCAUUAGAAGUUGAAAUAAUAAGAUUUUUUUUUGUUUGUUUUAUGGUUUAAUUACGUAAAACCAGUAACGGUGAGACAUAGUGCCAUUUUAAAUGAACUUUUUUUUUAAUCUGUUUUCAUAACUGGUCUCACUUGUUAAAAACUUAGAAAGUGCCACAUUAAGAAGUGUACAAUUAACUAAUAGAGAUUCUAGUAUUGUAUCUGAAUUUCUGUGCAGCGGGGAGUAACAAGCCAGCUCUGCUAAAGAUUAAAAUUCUCUGCAGCUGCUGCUUGAAUACACAAAGGAUCCCUGUGGCUUUGUUGUCAGAAGGUCCUAACAAACCUAACAAGCUGUGCUGUCUUCUUCAAUUACCAACUCCAGUAAAGAAAAGUUUCUGUAAUAUUCCCUCACCCGGCUCAAUUCGGCCUUUUUUUUUAAACUGGAGACAGCAGCGGUUUUAUCUACUUUAUAUUACAGUAGAUGAGGACUUAGGUUUAAAUGGGAAUGAUGCAGCUGAACACUUGCAUGGGCUUAGUGUGCUCCUGCAACGACACCUUGAGUAUGUUUAACUAGAUGAUCAUAGAUUCAGAUGGAUUUUUAGUAAUUGUGAAUAUUUUUACACUUAAACAGAUGACAGGCUUUUAGAUUAAUUGCGGUAUAUAUUCAAAUAUAGGACAUAGCAUUUGAAAGACACUAAUCUCUGCACUAAGGUUUUCUUUUAAUCACAUGCUCUGACUUUACAAAAAAAAAAAAAAAAAAAUUCCAGUUUUGUCACCAGUGUGUUAUCUUUGCAUGGCAGAAAUCUGAGCAAGAUUUUUUUUAAGAUAACUGCAAAAUAAACUGGUAUGUGGUCUGUUUACUAAGAGCGUGAGAACAGAGCUAAAAUACGUGUACUGCCAAUUUCAAAUUAAAUUCUACAUGCUCACCACUUGGUGGCAGCACUACGCAACAUUAAGACAGGAUCAAAAAAGACCUCAGCAGCUCUGACAUUUUUUUUUCUUUUUCCUGAAAAGGUUUACAGAGUUUGCCAACAUAUCUCGUCGUAACAGGUUUAUGAAAAACUUUAAUGUUAAAUACUCAAAUUAUGUGCACUGAAUUAAGCGAGCUGUAAACAUGUUUACCGGGUUUUCUUCAGGACUUAAGCAUUUAUAAAUGUUCCGCCAUGUACAGUUUGCUGUGGAGAGCAAAUAUGCCAAAACAAAAUGAUGUAAUCCUUCAGUAAAUCAUUCAUCAUUAAUAUAAACAGCCACUCGUGUGGGUGUGACGUUGGGCAAAAUGGUCAUAGUUGUGAUUUUUAGUGCAAUCCAAGGUCUAAAAGCAGAGAUGUGUGGUAUCGUGUUUGUUUGUGCAUGCUUGUGUCUGUACAGCCAGUCAGUUCUCACGUCACUAUCAUUAACUGAAUAUUUCUGGAUGUGUGGUUUGUGCAUUGAACUGGUGUGUCACGGGGUUGCCCUCUGAACUCCUGUUACUCCUUUCAGUCAGUAUAACUUCAACAUGAUCACUUCAUUAUUGACAACUUUUUGUAAUGUUGACAUGACACAUUUAUAGCAUCAUUUCCAGUGUUAUUUGGCAGUAUUUAUACAUUGGUGUCUUAUCAUUGUAAUUUAUUCUUUUAUUUAAUAAAUGCACUUCCUCAUGUUUUUAA